GAUUGUUUAAAUAUGGCGUCAUAUUAUGACAAGUUCUCCAAAUGUAAACCAAAUUCGUACAUCAUUAUGGUAAACUAAAUAUUUAAAAGUGUCUUGCUUAAGGCAGAGACACACAGAAGAAAGGUUCACACGAAUCUGUGAUAGUCUUAUUCGCGAAAUACAUUUUGGACAGGUUAAACACUAAAGAAAAGGUGCAAAUAAAUCAUGGCGGAAACAGCAUCAAUGCGGGUUGUACCCAGUGGCAAGAUAUACAGACAGAUGUUUGAUGCCCAGGUACAACUCCAAAGAAGUCUAACAAAAAUGAAAAGUAGAGAAGCUGUUACUGCCACCCUUGAAGAUGAACCCACAGAGAGACAGAGCACAGCCAUACCUGUCGUCAAACUGACAAAGGAGGAUGUGGCUCAUGGACUCUUAACAGAGAGACAAAGGACCUGGGCUGAUGGAUUUCCAAAUGACCCUUAUGUUGAAAACCCCGUUUUACAUAAACAAUAUUCUGAAUUUGUGAGAUCCACAAUGAAAGAGAGUGAAUCAAGUAAAGCAGGAAAAGAGGUCCAGGGGCUGCCAGAUGUUGUCGUGCCUGCUAAAGAGGGAUCAAAUAUUAUUGAAAGAAUAGCAGCUAGCAGGAAGAAUAGACAUGAGUCUUGUGUUGAAGAUCUUCACCAGGAACUUAGCUUGAUCAAUUCUGAAUUGGAACCAGUAAUCACAGAAUAUAGUGAAACCUUAUUAAGAAAACUAGAAGAUGAUGACAAAGAAAUUGACCAUUUAUUGGCCAGAAUAGAGAGAGAUGAGGAUCUCUUAACAUACAAUCUGGAGGAACUACACAAACUCUGGGAUGAGAUUCAAGGUCACUCAGCAGAGAGACAGAAUUGGAUCAAUGAGCUGGACCAACAGUUGUCUAAAGUGGAAGAUGACCGCAUAGAUUUGAUGAGAAAUGUAUUCAAGUCAUAUGCCAAAACCUUGGAAAAGAUUGCCCACUUAAUGCCUCCAGAUCUCAGCCGAUUUCUUGACCAGGAGUCUCAGCUUGUGAACCAGACAAUGUUGAGUAAUAGGAGAGCAUAUUCUGACCUGUACGUCAGAUUAAUGUCAGCAGAUAUAGAGAGAGAGAAGGCUCAGUACACAAUCUGGAAGCGACGCGUGGAGGACUGGAGACAGCUCAACACAGAUCUAGCCAUCGAGCACUUCAGUAACUUUAUGCAAGAAGAAAAGAUUAUCACCCCUCCAGGAGUGACAAAAGUCUUCAACUUUAUGAUAGCUGAACAAGAACUGAUCAAUAAGAGAAGAUUAGAAGUUAUCACACAGCUAUGUGAUCUAAAGCCCCCAGCCUCCACAAAAACAGCUGUUUACCAGUGGGAUAAAACAAUAAAAAAUCUCACCAAGGAAAUAGAUUCUGUGAACCAGCUGCAUUUGUCCAAAAUUCAUGCUGAGUAUGAGAAAGUUUGUCAGGAUUGUUUGGAGAAAAUAGAAUUCAUUAAGAAAUCUCUGAUUGAUGACGGGAUUUGUGCCCCUCCCCGAGCCCAGCAGGUAGUGGAUCAGAACAUGCUCCCCCUGGUGGGAGAGAGACAGAGGGUGUUUGAGAACAACUUAGAAACAAUGGAGAAAGACCUAGAGAAGUACAUGAAGGAGACAACAGAGAGACUUAAGAUGCUGUUUAAGUUUGCUCAAGGAGCUGCCCAUGUUUGGGAUGUUCAUGAGAUUGGACUUGCAAAACAGGAGAGAGCAUUGCAGGAAAAACUGGAACAAUGUCGGCAGAUGCAUGACAACCAAAACCAGGAAAAGGAGGCUCAUUUAGACAUCAUCAUGGACAGGAUGAGGCAAGAUGCGACAGAGAAGCAACUAAAAGACAGCUUAGAGAAAGCCCUAAGUAUGCUGGGCAGAAUAAAAGAGGCGUAUGAGAUUUUUCACAAUGAGCAGAUGGACAUUGUUAAGAAUUACCCUAUGAUGGUGAGAUCUGAACUAAAGAGUUAUGAUGAGGGUGUGUGUAAAUUCUUUGAGGUUGGAAGGAAUCAGCCAAUUAUCUCCCAAUAA